CAGGAUGCUAGUAUGUGGUAUGACAGGGAUCAGGACAUUGGUAUGAAGUAUGGUGGUGAUCAGGAUGUUGGUAUGAGGUAUGGCAGUGAUCAGGAUGCUGGUAUGGCAGUGAUCAUGACACCGUUAUGGGGUAUGGCGGUGAUCAGGAUGCUGAUAUGGGGUAUGAUGGUGAUCAGGAUGCUGGGAUAGUGUAUGGCAGGGAUCAGGACUCUGGUAUGGCAUAUGGGUGAUCAGGAUGCUGGUAUAGGGUAUGGCGGUGAUCAGGAUGCUGGUAUGGCAUAUGGGGUGAUAAGAACGCUGGUAUGGGGUAUGGUGGUGAUCAGGAUGCUGGUAUGGGGUAUGGUGGUGAUCAGAGCACUGGUAUGGGGUAUGGUGGUGAUCAGGACGCUGGUAUGGAGUAUGGUGGUGAUCAGGGCGCUGGUAUGGAGUAUAGCAGUGAUCAGGCCUCUGGUAUGGCAUAUGGCGGUG